CUUUUCUCAAGAUACAAGCACUCUCCAGCCAAAGCACGUAAUGAAGCAUCUGGUAUGCUUGCCCAGUCGUUGCCUAUGGCCGCCAUGUUCAUGAGAAACAAGAUGUUGGCGUGGUCUGCUGUCUUUUUGGCUGUGCAAUCGUACUUGAACGAGCCUCUUAACAAGCCAGCUGAAGCUGCAGACUCCAACUCCACUCCUAGUCAGCCACCUUUGUUGAGAGUCUUGUUUGCUUUCAUUGGUUUGGUAACAUGUUACCUUGAUCUCAUUUUCCCAGGCACCAGUCCUUAUGCAAGAAGAGCUGUCACCGAAGCUGUAUCCGAGACUGUUAGCACU